GCUGAAAAUUAAGUUUUCAUUAAUAUGAUAUCAGAAUAAAAUAAUCUAGGAUGCAAAUGAGGAAUUCAAGACUUCAGUCCGACCGUCAUGAUGAACGCGAAGAUGAUAUCGUGUCGAGGAUUGCGCACGGGCCGUGGUGUGGAAGAAAUCCAGUCAAAUCAAUGGCGAUUUUCGCACUUUGCUUGGUUGGCUCUGUUCUGUGUGCUUCUGUACUAAUGAAGGAUCGGUCAAAUAAUAAGAACAUCAGGAUUGUUCGUGAUUUCAAGCCUCUUAAGAAUGAUGGUCAGAAAGAUAAUCGAAGUCUUCCAGUUGAGGUACAACAGGACAAGUUUCUUGGAGGCCUAAUAGCUGAAGGAUUUGAUGAGAAAUCUUGCUUAAGUAGGUAUCAGUCACUUUGGAACCAAAAACGAAAGCAAACACGUCGUCCUUCUUCCCAUCUAAUCUCCAAAUUAAGAGACUAUGAAGCUCUCCACCAAAGAUGCGGACCUCUAACGGACUCCUUCAAGAAAGCCUUGCGGUAUCUCAACUCGAACAAUCACGAAAUUUCGAGCAAUUCAACAGAUUGUAAAUAUGUUAUCUGGGUGGCCCGAGAUGGUUUAGGAAACAGAAUGAUCACUUUGGUAUCUGCUUUCCUUUAUGCUAUCCUGACACAAAAAGUCCUACUUGUUGAUCAUAGAACUCACAUUUCCGACCUUUUCUGCGAACCAUUCCCCGGUACUUCUUGGCUAAUUCCAUCUGAUUUCCCACCGAUGAUUAAGAGCUUCGAUGUGAAUUCUCCCAGGACUUAUGGUUAUUUGCUUAAGUGGAAAAAACUCCGGUCAGUAAUUCCUCCCUAUCUUUAUCUGUACUUGGGCAAUAACAAUAACGAAUACGACAAGCGUUUCUACUGUGAUGAGGACCAAACAGUUAUCCAGAAAGUACCAUGGCUGGUUGUAAAAUCAAAUGUAUAUUAUAUCCCUUCUCUUUUUCUGAUGCCAUCAUUUCAAGAAGAACUCCGGAAUCUGUUUCCAGAGAAAGACACUGUUUUUCAUUUCUUGGGUAGGUACUUGUUUCAUCCAACAAAUUCAGUCUGGAAAUCCAUCACCAGUUAUCACAAUGCCCAUUUGGCAAAUGCUGAUGAAAGAAUUGGCAUCCAGAUUAGAAUCUUCAGGACGAACCCUGAUCCGUUUGAUCAAAUUUUACAUCAGAUAUUAGCCUGUGUAAUCAAGGAGAAUAAUCUAUUACCAAAAAUCAGUGCAAAGACCAGGAAACCUGGAACUAUUCCAUCAGGAAAAUCCAACAAGACGAAAGCGGUCCUGAUGACCUCUCUUGACUCAAGAUACUAUGAUUUAAUCGACAGAAUGUACGUAGAAGGUUCAACUCUGACAGAGGAAAUCAUUCGGGUGUACCAACCAAGCAGCGAGUGGAAGCAAAACACCGCGAAUCGAUCUCACAAUAUGAAAGCGUGGGAAGAGAUGUAUCUCCUGAGCUUGACUGACAAAUUGGUCACCAGCUCAAAAUCGACUUUCGGGUAUGUUCCUCAAAGCCUUGGAGGUAUGAAGCCCUGGAUUCUCUACAGGCCUGAAGAAUAUAACGCCUCGAACUCAAAGCCAGCCUGUCAGCGAGCCCUGUCAAUGGAACCGUGUUUCCAGGCUCCGCCUGCCCUUGAUUGCAAAACCGGCGAAAGGGUCGAUUUCAGUAAAAUUGUUGGUUAUGUAAGACACUGUGAGGACAUGAACUGGACCGCGGUUUUCUUAUCGGGAUCUGUUCUGUUUUCUGUAUUGAUGAAAGAUCGAUCAAUUGAUCAGAACACCAGGAUAGUUCCUGAUUUCAAACCUCUCAAAACAGAUCAUCAGGGAGAAAAUCAUCCCCAAGAAGCUGCCGCGAAAUCAUCUCCCACUCCGAAUCAGGGAGAAAAUAAUACCAGAGAAGUUGAUGCAAAACCUGAAGAAUUGGACAAGAAAUCAUCUCUGACUCCAAAUCCGGGAGAAGAAAAUCGCCCCCGAGAAGUUGACGCAAAACCUGAAGAAUUGGACAAGAGUUCAUCUCUUACUCUGAAGGAAGGAGAAAAACACAAUGCAUUGGUUGAAGUACAACAGGAUAAGUAUCUUGGUGGCCUAAUUGCCGAAGGAUUUGAUGAGAAAUCAUGUCUGAGUAGGUAUCAGUCACUCUGGAAAAACAAAGGGCCACAAAUACAUCGUCCUUCUUCCCAUCUCAUAUCUAAAUUAAGAAACUACGAAAAGCUGCAUCGACGAUGCGGACCUCACACGGAAUCUUUCAGAAAAGCCUCACAGGAUCUCAACGCCAGUAUUCACAACAACAACAACAAUUUCAGCAUUUCUUCAGAUUGUAAGUAUGUCAUCUGGACUGCCCGGGACGGUUUAGGAAACCGAAUGAUCACUUUGGUUUCUACUUUCAUUUAUGCACUCCUGACACAGAAAGUCCUCCUUGUGGAACCUGGAGCUCACAUUUCCGACCUUUUCUGUGAACCAUUUCCUGGUACUUCCUGGCUGAUUCCAUCUAAUUUUCCACCAAUCAUUCAGAACUUUGGUAAAGAUUCUCCCAAGACUUAUGAUUAUAUCCUAAAGUGGGAAAAACCCGGGUCAGUAAUUCCGCCCUAUAUUUAUCUGUACUUAGCCCAUGACUAUACCGAAGAAGACAAGCGCUUCUUCUGUGAUGAGGAUCAGACAUUUAUCCAAAAAGUACCCUGGAUCAUCAUAAAAUCAAACCUGUAUUUUGUUCCUUCUCUUUUCCUGAUGCCAUCUUUUGAGAAAGAACUCAACAAGCUGUUUCCGAAGAAAGAAACUGUUUUCCAUUUCUUGGGCCGGUAUUUAUUUCAUCCAACAAAUUCUGUUUGGAGUUCUAUCUCCACGUACUACAAUGGUUAUCUAGCAAGAGCAGAUGAAAAGAUUGGUAUCCAGAUUAGAAUCUUUAAAACAAAUCCUGAUCCUUUUGAUAAACUAUUGGAACAGAUUCUCGCUUGUGUAAUCAAGGAGAAUGAUUUACUACCACGAAUCAACGGGGAGAUGAAAAAAGCCGAAACUCCUGAAUUAGCAAAAUCCAACAGGACCAAAGCUGCCUUGAUGACAUCACUUGACUCUAGAUACUUUGAUGCGAUUAAAAUGAUGUACCAGGAACAUUCAACUCAGACAGGGGAAAUCAUCCGAGUUUUCCAGCCAAGCAACGAGACAAAACAAAGGAGUUCAAACCGGGAUCAUAAUAGGAAAGCCUUGUCAGAGAUGUAUCUACUGAGUUUGACGGAUAAGUUGGUCACGAGCUCAAAAUCGACUUUCGGGUAUGUUGCUCAAAGUCUUGGAGGUAUGAAGCCAUGGAUUCUUUACAGGCCCGAAGAAUAUUACGCUUCGAAUCCAGGUUGUCAGCGCGCCCUGUCUAUGGAACCCUGUUUCCAGGCGCCGCCAACGCUGGAUUGUAAAACCAGUAAAAGGGUUGAUACAGGUAAAAUUGUCGAGUAUAUAAGGCAUUGCGAGGACAUGAACUGGACUUGGGGUCUUAAACUUUAUGACCAAGAUGAUGAGCCCUGA